CAGACAGACAGACAGUCAGACAGAUGGACAAACUAUGUCUCCUGCUGGAGCUCAAGGACUGAAGGACACCGCAAAGCGCAGCUGAUAAGCGGCUUUAAUCGGCUAAUUUGGCCGCGGUGGCCUUUGCUGCAGGUGAACACACCGGAGCCGAAAACACCCGCAGUCCGACACACUCACCGCGGUCUGACCGCAGAGACGCUGCGGCCGGUCGUCUCUCAACAACCGGAGCUUUUAACCGAGGAGACAUGGAAUUCCUCCUCAACUUUCUAAUGCAUUGAGGAUUUGAAUGCGCUUUGGAUCAACUCCGCCCGAGUGUUUUCAUCUUCACGACACAAAAUGUUCUGUCUUAAGAAGGCACGCGGAACUUUAUCAGCAUCUGUUCAAUAAUUAUGAGUUAACGGUGUAAACGCGUUUUCUUUUGUGAAUUAGACCAAACUCCACCGGUUUCCAUCCUGUGUUUGGCGGAGGGUUUGUUUUUUUGUUGGUUGGUUUGCGUAAAUUGCGCACCGGAGCGCUCUGGAGCUCCACGGUACAGUCUGAGUCUCAGUGACACCAUGAUGAGACCACAGUGCGGAGACCAGAGUCCGGCCCGGCCUUCAUGAGAGCCCGCUUGCCGCGCUGCUGCGGCUCGGACCGGCACGGAGCGGAGCGGAGGAGCCGCGGCGGAGAUGGAGGCCAACCUGAGCGCGGCGGUGGCGGCCCCGGAGGCGGCCGCGAGGGGACACAACGUGCCGGCGCUGCUGUUCGGGGUGCUGCUGAUCGUGGUGAUCAUCUGCGGGAACCUGCUGGUGUGUCUGAGCGUGUUCACCGAGAAGGCGCUGAAGACCACCACCAACUACUUCAUCGUCAGUCUCGCGGUGGCGGAUCUGAUGCUCGCGGUGCUCGUGCUGCCGCUCUUCGUCUACUCCGAGUUCCAGGACGGCGUGUGGACCCUCAGCACCACCAUCUGUGACGGUCUGAUGACCAUGGACGUGAUGCUGUGCACUUCCUCCAUCUUCAACCUCUGCGCCAUCAGCAUCGACAGGUUCAUCGCCGUGUUAAUCCCUCUCAACUACAACAGGAAGCACGUGGACCUGCGGCAGACAGUGCUGCUGUCGGCCACCUGGAUCCUGGCCCUGGCCGUGGCCUCGCCCGUCAUGUUCGGCAUCAACAACGUGCCGGGCCGCGACCCCAGUGAGUGUAAACUAGAGAACGACGACUACGUCCUGUACUCGUCCGUGUGCUCCUUUUUCAUCCCCUGUCCCAUCAUGCUGCUGCUGUACUUCGGCAUGUUCCGCGGCCUGCGGCGCUGGGAGGAGGCUCGUAAAGCCAAGCUGAAGAACAGCAUCCAGGCCUGCCGCAAGCUGCAGGAGGCCGCUGCCUCGCUGCCACCACUGGCCUCACUGCCGCCACCGCUGCCGCCCAUCAUAGAGAGGGAGCUGACGGAUACUCCGGAUGAGCCGUCCACCUUCCCGUCCCCAGACCGGCCCUUCCACUCGUCAGAGUACAAAGACGGCCCCUUGCGGACGGUCAGCUUCGCAGAGAUCAAGUUCAACCCCGACCCUCGCAGGAAGAAGACGGCCAAGAUCAACAGCCGGGAGAGGAAGGCCAUGAAGGUGCUUCCUGUCGUUGUUGGUGCCUUCCUGUUCUGCUGGACUCCCUUCUUUGUCCUCCACACGAUGCGAGCUCGCUGUAAGGACUGCUACGUCCCACCAGCCCUGAUGAGCGUGGUGACGUGGCUCGGCUACGUCAACAGCGCUCUCAACCCCGUCAUCUACACAGUCUUUAACACCGAGUUCAGAAACUUCUUCAAAAAGUUCCUGCACCGCCUCUUCUCCAUGAACGCCCGAUGAGGACGCCGCUGCUGCAUGGGCGAUUUUUAAAUGCACAAUAGCUGCAAGAGUCACUACUGACUGUUGAUUUAUUGUCUGUAGUCUGUGUAUGUUUCUAUCAUUUCCUUCCUCUGUGAGGUUUUUAUUUUUCUACAUGUGACGACAGCAAAGUUUGUUUGAGCUUCAUGUUUCCUGUGAAGAAGCUUCAGUCUGAGGAACAAACUGUUCAGAGGAUCAGCGACACAUCUACAUCACACAACCGACAAGAACUGAUUUUAUAUGUUGAAAUUCAUCAUUUCAGAAUAAAGGUUUUCACACAAAAAAGCUG